AUGGUUCGAAUUCUUCAGGAAAGAAUCCAAGAGCUCGAACGAAAUCAGCAUGCAGUUAAUGCAGCUGCUACGUCACCUUACACCGGCCAAAGCCAUGAGGCGGCUUCAGUGGAGGCCACUAGCCACCGUGAAGCUGAUGAACUGGCCACUAGGAAGGAACGAGGAACAAAAGUCAGUGCCAUAUUGGCUGCAGUCACGGGCGAACCUCAGUAUGAAGGCUUUCAAGGACCUUCCUCCGCUGCAACAUUCAUGUCUAGUAUUCGACAAGCUGUCGACGAGAAUGCAAAAUCCCCAGAUUCAUCAUUUGUUGUCGGGCUUGCACCACAGACUCCGCCAAGCCCUAGCUCGUUCGUCUCAAACCAACAGACUGUGCCAAGAGAUUACGUUCUGCCGCCCCGCAGAGUAGUUGAUGGAUUGUUGCAAUCAUACUGGAUGCUUAUACAUCCUCUCUAUCCAGUCCUGAACCGCAGCAUCUUCAAUAAAUCAUACGACGCACUCUGGGCAGGGAAUUUACUUCCUAUUGUUGCAUCCCCGCUAAUGAGAGUGGAUGAAAGCACCCUUGUGUGUAUUCUGAAUCUUCUUUUGGCACGUAAGUGCCAAUAUUCCGAUGAGAUCGCUCUAGGUAAAGCAUUUGCAACAGCACAAGUAUUCUUCAAUCGUGGCCGAAAGCUUUUCGACUUUGAUGCAGUGGAUUCGACCGACAAUAGCCUACCUCAUCUACAGAUCAUGCUUCUUAUAGCCCAAUAUCUACAAUGUACAGGAAGAGCAUACAAGGCGUGGAAUACCAUCGCUAUUGCGAUACGCAGUUGCCAUCAAAUGGGCUUUCACCUGGCCGCAACAUCAAGUGAAGAGCGCUUUCCGGACGUUGUCGAGAGAGAGCUUGUGAAACGAGUCUAUCAUUUUUGCCUCACGAGCGAACGAAUGUUAUGUAUGACCCUGGGUCGACCUGUCAUGGUGUCUAUCUGUGAAAGUGACCCUGUUCCUCUGCCACUGGAUGUAGACGAUGAGAAUCUCCAUCUUUUCUCCAAUCUCCAAAACCCCCAGGUUGACACAAUCAACCAUAUCAAUGAAGGAACAACACUGAACGAGCAACAACAUAUUCCACCAUCAAUGAUGUCUUUCUUCAUUGAAUCGGCGAAGCUUUACCGCAUUGUGCAGCAGAUUCUGACAUUACCAUCGGUCGAGGAGGGUCAGAAGUCCGCUUGUGAAAGUGAACAGUACUUGAAGAAUCUGCAAACGGUUUUGAAACUUGACAACGACCUUGUGGUGCUCCACGAACGCAUUCCGUCUCAUUUGCGACAGGUUUCUAUGAGGAAACCAGGAAAUGAAGCCAAUGAAGAACGCCAUAUAAUGUUUCAUCGCCAGUCAGUUGUUCUUUUUCUCAGGCAGGUUCAGUCCAAGGUUGAAUCUUUUGAUGACACCACACUUCGUAAAUAUGACCUCCUUCUCUGA